AUGUCUCCAGCUCGCGUGGGUGAAAAAUGGUGGAAGAACUCCAUUAUCUACCAGAUCUACCCUGCUAGCUUCAAAGAUUCUAACAAUGAUGGCAUUGGCGAUAUCCCAGGGAUCAUUUCGUCCCUGGACUACAUCACCAGUCUUGGGGUUGAUGUGAUCUGGUUAUGUCCGAUGUACGACAGUCCCCAGAUUGACAUGGGCUAUGAUGUUGCCGACUACGAGAAAGUGUAUGAGCCCUAUGGCACGGUGGAAGAUAUGGAAGUGCUCAUCGAUGCUUGUCAUGAGCGAGGACUCCGUAUCAUCCUGGACCUAGUGGUCAACCACACCUCGGAUCAACACAAAUGGUUCCAAGAAUCACGUUCUUCCAAGACGAAUCCCAAGCGUGACUGGUAUAUCUGGAGACCGGCCAAGUAUGAUACCGACGGCAAGCGUCAACCCCCCAAUAAUUGGCGCAGUAUCUUCGGUGGCCCUGCCUGGGAAUGGGAUGAGACCACACAGGAAUACUAUCUUCACCUGUUCUGUGUUGAGCAACCUGACGUCAACUGGGAGAACGCUGUGACUCGUCGGGCGAUCUAUGAGUCUGCAAUGGAGUUCUGGCUGAAGAAGGGAGUGGAUGGAUUCCGCGUUGACACGGUCAACAUGUACAGCAAGCAGCCUGGGCUUGGUGAUGCACCGGUUCUUGACCCGAAAUCUGAUACACAGGUUGCCUUCUCGCAGUUCUGCAAUGGCCCUCGCAUUCAUGAGUAUCUGCGGGAAAUGAAUGAUGUUCUCUCCAAGUAUGAUGCCAUGACCGUUGGGGAGUGUCCGAAUACACAUACUCUGGAUGGCGUUCUUCGUUAUGUCUCAGCAGCUGAGAAGCAACUGAGUAUGGUCUUCCAAUUUGACCUCGUGGAUCUGGGAAUGGGAAAGGACUACAAAUUCCUCACGACAUUCCCUGGCUGGGCCUUACGAGACUUGAAGUCGGCAGUGAAGAGCACCCAAGAUAUUAUCAAAGGCACCGAUGCCUGGACCACAGUGUUUAUGGAAAAUCAUGACCAGGGCCGCUCCGUCACCCGGUUUGGUUCAGAUAAGACACCCGAGCUCAGAGAGCGAUCUGCAAAGAUGCUAGCCAUGAUGCAGAGUACUCUUUCGGGCACUCAAUUCAUCUACCAGGGCCAGGAGAUUGGAAUGGUCAACGCACCCAAGGAAUGGACAAUUGAGGAAUAUAAAGACAUCGACAGCACCAACUACUAUCAGAUGACCAGCAAGAUCACCAAUAACGACCCCGCUGAGUUGGCAAAUGCGAUGGCUUCCCUGCAGCAUCUGGCUCGGGAUCACUCCCGACUUCCCAUGCAAUGGAGUGCCGAGAUCAACGCAGGCUUUUCGCCUUCUUCCUCUGCUAAGCCCUGGAUGCGCCCGCACGACAAUUACCACGAGCUGAAUGUGAAGCUACAGGAGACAGACAAUGCUUCUGUUCUCUCGUUCUGGAAACAAAUGAAUCAACUACGCAAGGAGUACGCCGAUGCCAUGGUCUUUGGAGAAUUUGAAAUCGUCGACGAGCCAAACCAAAGCGUCUUCACAUAUACCAAGAAGGGUCAGAAUAUGAACCUGUUGGUUGUUCUCAAUUUCUCGGACACGGCACAGAGGUUUGAGAAACCGGAUACACUGCAAGAUCAUGACUGGAAGCUGUUGGUUGGCAAUGUAGAGGAUCCCAGUGACACACUACAGGCGUUUGAGGGAAGAGUUAUUUUGAUAUAG